GAGAGAGAGAGAGAGUCGCCUCGGUGUUGGCGUCAGCACGCAGCAAACGGUUUAAUAUCUGUGCGUUAACGGACACGUUCGUCGUUGUCGUCUUUCUUGUAGCGGCUGUGGUGGUGGUAGAAAUUCGGCUUCGCCGUAGUAAAAGGCACUAUAAAAGGUAACUUUCACGGACGCGUGCUAUUGAGUAAAGUAAGUUAAUGCUUCGACCGAGGUUUUUUACGAAGGAUAGAUAGCGAAAGGAAAAAGUAUAAGUUUCUGUAAUUCGUAGAGAAGUUCUUCGAAUAAGGACGGAGAAAAUAAGAAGAAGAAGAAGAAGAAUAAAAAGAAGUAGAAGAAGAAGAAGAAAUAAAAAUGUCUACAAAAACGAGUAAGAAAACGUCUGGGACGGCGUCAUCGACUAAUACGAGUGGCGUUCAAACGCCACCGCCACCUCAAACGUCCACGCCUAUUAGUAGUGGACAAAGACCUGGUAGUCCACUAAGUCCAACGCGUUAUUCCCGUUUACAAGAAAAACAGGAUUUACAAAAUCUGAACAAUCGUCUCGCGUGUUAUAUUGACAAGGUGCGGCAUCUCGAAGCCGAAAAUUCAAGACUCACGCGGGAAGUGCAUACUACGCAGGAAACAAGUACUCGCGAAGUUUCCAAUAUAAAGUCUAUGUAUGAGCAAGAAUUGUCUGAUACUAGAAAGUUAUUGGAUGAUACAGCAAAGGAACGCGCCAAACUCGAGAUAGAUACCAAACGUUUGUGGGAUACUAGCGAGGAACUUAAAAAUAAAUUGGAAAAGAAGACAAAGGAUUUGCAAAUAGCCGAAAGGAAUUUGAGUUUGUGCGAGGCGAGAAUCAGUGAUUUGACAUCUCAAUUAACUCAAAGUCAAACCGAACGUAAGAAAAUCACGGAUAAGGAUAGAGAAUUGGAAAAGGAGAACGAACGUUUGAACGCGGCACUGAACGAUACGCGUCAUCAUCUCGAGGAGGAAACGUUACAACGUAUCGAUCUUGAAAAUCAUAUUCAAAGUCUUAAAGAGGAUAUUAGCUUUAAAGAUCAGGUUUAUCAGCAAGAACUUACUGAAACGCGUACGAGGCGACAGGUUGAAAUCUCUGAGAUCGAUGGAAGAUUGGCCGAACAAUACGAAGCAAAAUUACAACAAUCGUUGCAAGAAUUACGUGAUCAAUAUGAGGCACAAAUGCGUGUCAAUCGUGAGGAGAUUGAAUUAUUAUAUGAGAACAAGAUCAAAAACUUGACUUCUCAUGCUCAACGUAAUAGUGAUGCAGCUAGCACAGCCAUCGAGGAAUUGAGACAAACUCGAUCUGGAAUUGAUACUCUUAAGCAAAGGAUCAACGAGCUUGAAGCUUCUACUAAUGCUUUGAAUUCAAGAAUCCGGGAUUUAGAAAGUUUACGAGAGAACGAACGUAUCCGAUAUACGGAGAAUAUAGCCGCUUAUGAGGCAGAAUUAGCACGAAUGAGAGAUGAAAUGGCUCAACAAUUACAAGAAUAUCAAGAUUUAAUGGAUAUAAAGGUUGCUCUUGACUUGGAGAUUGCUGCGUAUCGUAAAUUGUUAGAAUCCGAGGAAGCUAGAUUGAAUAUAACGCCAUCACAAAGUGGUAUUAGUUGCGUGGUACAAAGUAGCAGUAGAAGUACUCCAGCUAGACAAACGCCUCUUAGAGGAGGAAAAAGGAAGCGAACGUUAUUGGAGGAAAGUGAAGAACGCAGUAGUAGUGACUAUAGUAUCAGUGGCACGGCAAGGGGUGAUAUAGAGAUAACAGAAGCUGAUCCUCAAGGUCGAUACGUGAAACUUACUAACAAGGGUAACAAAGAGAUUGGACUUAGCGGCUGGCAAAUUCUCCGCAAAGCUGGGACUUUAGAAACAGUUUUUAAAUUUCAUCGAACUGCAAAACUCGAUGCAGGUGGAAGUGUAACUGUAUGGUCGGCCGAUAUCGGUGCAACGCACGAGCCACCAUCCAAUAUCGUUAUGAAGGGUCAAAAAUGGUUCAUUGCUGAAAAUAUGACUACAAUUUUGCUAAACAAUGAAUCAGAAGAAAUGGCAACGUCUGAAAGAAAAAGACAACAAUUGUCCACAUCUGUAUCGCGACAUAGAGAAAGUUUAGGAUUCCGACCUGCGGAAGAUCUUUAUCAUCAGCAGAGAAGAUAUCUCUACCCAUAUUAAGUGCCUGGGCACAUGAACUCUGAUGGGCAUCUUAUGAUGACCCACCAAGUCAAGAAAGAUGUCGCCUUAUGUGAACGUAAUGAAUUACAUUUAUUAAAAUAAGCAUCUCUCUUAUGACAAAUGAUUUUCUUCAAAUGCUUAUAUAAAAUAACGAUAUUUUAUGCAGCAAGCAUUAUCUAAAUAUCAAUCAAUUAUAUUAUUAACACACAGACACAGACACAUACAGAAAAAAAAAAAUAAAUAAAUAAAUAACAAAAAGAAGUAAGACUACGUCGUAAAUAAUAUGCCAUAGGGCUCGAUAAAUUUCUAAGCUGAUUAUAAAGUUGUUUCAGAUAAACAGGAUAAUAUUAAUACGUACGAAAAUGUAUGUGUCCACCAGAUUAAAAUGAGGGACAUUGUAUAAUAUAAUGUUCAGCAAAUCAAAGUA